UCACCAGCUAACGGAGCACCACCACGCAUCAUGUCUGCACUGUUUGGGUCUCUUAAUCGCUUCAUCUCUCGACUCGAUGCUGCCCCGCAGGAACAGCAGCAAUCAGGUGUUGGGGGCGCAUAUGGUUUCCAGGUCUUGAGAAAUGCGAAUCAGGAGGUACCUUUGGAGCCGUGGUUCGAUUUCAUCAUUGGAAUCAAUGGCAGGACGAUCGACAACCCUGACCCCGGGCUGUUCGCGACAGAGGUGCGCAACUGUGCUGGCAACACGAUCAGUAUGGGCGUCUUCAGUGCAAAGGGCCAAGUGAUCCGCGAAGUCUACAUAAGUAUCCCGGCUGAAAAGCCAACUCUGGGUGUCUCGCUGCAAUGGUCACCUCUCGCCAUCGCAGAAGACGUCUGGCACAUUCUCGAUGUAGCUCCUAACUCUCCUGCCGACACUGCAGGUCUGCUUCCAUAUGGUGACUACGUCAUCGGCAGUCCGGAAGGUCUUGUUCGAGGCGAGUCAGGGCUAGGUGAACUUGUCGACGAUUUCCUCAAUCGUCCGCUGCGACUACUUGUGUACAACCACGAGUACAAUGUCACGCGACCGGUCACCAUCACUCCAACGCGCAGUUGGGGCGGUGAAGGGGCGUUAGGCUGCGUGCUUGGCUUCGGCGCUCUUCAUCGCAUUCCUGCAUCUCUGGAGGAGCCACCACAAGCGCCAGGAGAGACCUUGUUCUCUGCGAACAGCGCGCCAACAUCUUUCGAUGAAAAGCGGCCUCUGAUCUCUGAUGUUCCUUCCGGUCAAGGCAGCACCAGCAAUGGAUCCGAGCUUUUCGUGCCAGCGAACAUUGCCAUGCCAGCGAAGUCUCCGCCACCGCAAGGCACGGCACCGCCGAAGAGGAAGCAGCGGGCACAUGUUGCCAUACCUGGGGACGGCGCCCUGGACGACUACUUCAAAGAAGGCGAGCAGAAGAGCAAGGAGGACGACUACACGCCUAGAGGCAAGGGUGGUGUGCCUCCUCCACCAAAGGCUGGUGGACCGCCUCAUGGACCGCCAAAGAGCGGCACGCCUAUGCAAGGCGAGCCUGAGGCGCCAGCCGCAGCGGAAGAAGCAUGA